AGAAGUGGGCGCUCCAUGUCCGGCCUCGCCAGCAAAUCUCGCGAGACUUGUGGCGCUCCGAUGCUGCCGUGCGGGCGGUGCUGGUGGCGGUGCGCGGCGCUAUGGCGGCCGCGGGGCCCCGGGCCGGUGCUCAGGGCCUCUGCCCCGGCACCCUGGUGCGGGCUGGGGGUGGGCGAGGCCCGCGGGCUGCGGAGCUCCAACCCCUUCACGCGCGGGCAGGAGGAACAGUGGCGGCGCCGCAACCGUUCGGCGCUCGCCUACAUCGCGGCGGCCGCCGUGGGCAUGGUGGGCCUGUCCUACGCCGCCGUGCCGCUCUACCGGCUCUACUGCCAGGCCACGGGGCUGGGCGGGACGACGGGCGUGGGCGGCAGUGCAGAGCGGAUUGAGCACAUGGAGCCAGUGCGGGACCGGGUCAUCAGGGUGACAUUCAACGCGGAUGUGCACUCCAGCAUCCAGUGGCACUUCAGGCCCCAGCAGAGCGAGAUCUACGUGGUACCAGGAGAGACUGCACUGGCUUUUUAUAAAGCGAAAAACCCUACUGACAAACCUGUCAUUGGAAUCUCUACCUACAACGUGAUCCCCUUUGAAGCAGGACAGUAUUUCAAUAAAAUACAAUGCUUUUGUUUUGAAGAGCAGCGGCUAAACCCUCAGGAGGAAGUGGACAUGCCUGUCUUUUUCUACAUUGACCCAGAAUUCGCAGAGGACCCUAAAAUGGCCAAAGUGGAUUUGAUCACCCUCUCUUACACCUUCUUUGAAGCAAAGGAAGGACAGAAGUUACCACUUCCUGGCUAUCAGUAACGAGCGAUCUCCACGCAAUUUGUUUUCUGCUAUCGGACCACCAGCUUUGAAAUAAUUUUUCAUUGGGAAUAUGAAACUCUGUUAUUAAACCACCCCAGGCACACGCUGGUAGGAAAGGAUUCAAUUCUUUUUUUAAAAAACUUAAUUUUUUUUUUUAAAAACUUAAUAGAACAUUAUUUCUUAGGGAUAGUGUUUUCUCGUCAGACAACUGAAGGGAACAUGCUGUUCCUGAGAGAGAGGGUUUUCUCAAGCCAUCUUUUUAUAACAUAACGUAAUACACGUUACCUGAAUACUGUGAUUUUUAAGCCCAAGUGUAAAUUGAGAAUUUUAUUUAAAGACAGAGCAACGAAUCACUGAUCAGGUUUUUCUCUGGCUUUUAUUUUGGAUUUUUUUUUUGCUUUUAUUAAUCAUCUAAAAUUGCAUUGGUAGCUCUGAAGGAUAACUUCCAUGUCGGUUACUUUAUAAAGAAGUUAAAAACAGGUGAUGAGUUCAUGAGCUGUCAAAACUAAACAGAGUUAUUAGACUGUAUUGCCGUGUAACCUCCUCGUGGCACGCGAGCAUUUGAUGAUUCAGAAGAUGAUGCACCCUCUUGAAUUAUUACUGAAUCAGUAGUUCAUUUGUAAGAGCAGACUGCUCUAAACUGUUAGCGUUUCAAUGAGCAACACUAAUUGAAGUGUUAACACGUCGAAUCCAUGGUGUGUCUUCCCUUUAGGAAUACGGUCUUCAGAUUUCGCUGUUGUGUUCAACUUAAACUAGCUGCAGUGCAACUUAAACUGCUGCCUGCUCUAAGCGCCACUGUGCACCUCUGCAUGGAGACAAGCUCGGCUUGUGGAUGAAAGGCUUUGAAGGAAAAGGCAGUAGAUAAACUGCUCUGAACUGCAGGCUAAUAGCAGAGGAGUCUACUCAAAAUCAAGGGAGGGCAUCGUCCUCUUUCCGAGGUUGAAGUCCAGCAAAGCCUGCCCAGCAGCCUCCCAGCGUAUCAGGUACUCCUCAGUCCUGUUUACAGCCAGAACACGUAAGGCUCUAUGUAUGUAACUUCUCAUUAUCUGUAGAGUAGGGAUAAUAACACUUUAUCACAGCUUUGCAAAUGAGGCGUGGAGUUGCAGAGCAAGUUCAAGUGACCUACUCGUUUUCAGAGAGGAAUUCAUCUCAUCUGCUAGGCCAGUUCUCUCUACGCCUUUCAGCAGAUGAGGUGUUACAAAUAUUGGGUGGUUGGGACCCUAAAAAGGUGAUGGUAAAUCACAGACAACUUCACUUACCUUGGUCUCAAUUAUGCUUGCGUACAAUAAUUGAAAAAGUGCUUUUUUUGAAAGUCAAAUGAAUGCUACCUUUAAAAUGCGUCAUGGUACCAUCAUUUGUGUUGUUUAAAUAGAUUCUGGAUGAUAUUCUUGUUCGGUCUUCACUGUAUAUUUAUUAAAGUUUAAAACUUUUUGUUCUUUGAUCUCUAGUGCAUUUUAUCCAGCAGAACAUGUGGAGCCCACACAAGUGAGC